CGCUAUGUGGAGGGUGGGCGUAUUCCUUCUCACCCAGAUAGCUGUUUGUCAAUUUACUACAGACAAUAUAACAUCAACAACAGUAGAAGACCACACAGUAACACCCUACUACGCUCUCAGCACUGGCAUCGUUCCGGCGCCCGUGAUGCUGCGACUGGGAAACUCCACAAUCGAUAGCACAAAGUCAUUCAAAGUGCCCCAAGUACCGCAGCCGUCUAAGGAACCGGAAACAGAGACGCUGACAGUUCAGACUAAGCAACCCAACCAAGUGAAUGUUAAUAUCGAUAUGGUGCCUCAUGUGAUUUCGGUUAAGAACACUUAUUUUGACCACGAUCGAAGAUACGGUCCAACGUUCGAAGAUACCCCUGAUGGGAACAUAACUAAAAUAACUGUACAGUUAGGGGAAGACGCGCAUUUGAAUUGUCGAAUUAGCUUGCUACAAGAUAAGACGGUAUCCUGGGUCCGACGUAGGGGUAAAGAUGACAUGCCUGAACUGCUGACAGUGGGAGCUGUAACCUACGCUGCUGACAACAGGGUGUCAGUGGCAAAGCGGUACCCUGGGAACUGGAAGUUACUGAUCAGGGAAGUGAAGCCUGAUGACGAGGGAGUAUACGAGUGCCAGAUAUCAACACAUCCGCCUAGAGUUAGCAGAACUUAUCUACAUAUAAACACACCUCAAGUAUGGGUGGUAGACGAAGCCGGUGGGCCGCUACAAGAGAAAUACUACGAAGCUGAGUCAACCCUGGCGCUGAUGUGCCGAGCGCGUCACGUGGAGACGCCGGCGUUGCUGACCUGGCUGCAUGAGGGGAGGGCGCUGAAUGCUGACACCACUAGAGGGGGGAUCAGUGUUAAAACAGAGCAAGUUCCUGGCGGUGCUGAUAGUGUGCUCCGGUUAGCACGUGUGAACGGCAGCGACGCUGGCAACUACACGUGCGCUGUGCGCGGAGCACGUGCCCACACCGUGUCAGUUCAUGUGCUUAACGAAAGCCUCGCAGAGCUGCACGCCGGGGCGAAAUCAGUUCACCCAUCGUUAAGAACGAUUGUAACGUUAUUUAUUAUAAAGUUACUCCUCUCGCAAUCGCUGUUAUCAACUGCGGCUACAUUCGUGCGUAUAAAUUGUAGCACUAGGGCCAAAGGUCAAUCGAAAGAACACUAUAAUUGUAACGUUAUGUUAUUGCCUACGUGA